ACCCCUUUUACCACAUGUCAUCCCUCAUGCAAACCCCACCUCUUCCAAACCGCCAACGUUAACCCUUCCCUUCUCCUUUUUAAUCACACUUCCAUUCCCAUGCACACCCCACACACAUCCUACUAAAAAACAUUGCCCUUGUUCUUUCAAAGUUACCAAACACAAGUACACAACACAACAGCAACAUAUGGCGUCUGAACAAUUGGCUCGCAGAGAGAACACCACCACCGAGAAGGAGAUUCACGUUGAGAAACACAGGGUUCCCAAGAUGGCCACCCACUUCGAGCACCUUGCGGAGCAAGCUAAAGAAUCAGACAUCACCGCUGGGAAGGAUACUCCGCAGGGUAGCAUAGAAGCCUUGCAAGCUGGAGAGAGGGUCAAAGAUCAUGCAGGAAAAGCCAUGGGAGAUAUUGGUGGACGUGGGAAAGCCAGAGAGACUCACGAGCUGGGUGCACACUUUGAAUCCCUGGCUGACAAAGUAACUGACCAUGCAGCAGCCAAUGUAGUUGGAAACAAAGAGAGUCAAAGAGAAGCUCGUGGUGGUGUUCGUGAUGUUGGGAAGUUCGAAAUGAGAACUGAAGGGGGAGAAAAAGGAAACAAGGAUAGACCAGAACUGAAAACACGAACCAGAGAGGUAAUAGGAAGAACGGAGAAAGAAAGAGGAAGAGAAAGUGGAGGACAAGUAGUGGCAGAGAAAGGAAGAGAAACAGAAACUGCAAGGGGAAGGGUUGGUGCUGAAAAUGAAGGUGCAAGAACAACCGCUGUUAUAACUUGCACGUUGGAAAAAGGUGGUGGUACUCAGAAACCAAUAAGAGAAGAAGAGAGAGAGAGUGAAAGUGAAAGAUCAGCGUGGGAACAGAUUUCCAACUACAGUGAUCAAGCCACACAAGGUGUGAAGGAAAAGUACGAGAGAGCAAAGCAAGCAGCAAGCGAGACACUGAACACCACAACACAAACCGCACAAGAGAAAAGCGCACAGGCAAAGAAUCUUGCAGCACAAGCAAAGGACGCAACGUUAGAGAAGGGUCAGCAAGGCUAUGCUGUGACAAAGGACACCAUUUCAAGUGCAGCGAAAACCGCUUCGGAGAAAACUGCGCCAGUGGCAGAGAAGGCCAAAGACUACACUCUUCAGGCUGCGGAGAAGGCCAAGAGUGCGGGUGGCACAACGGCGAGUUACGUCGGAGAGAAAGCGGUGCAGGCCAAGGAUGUCGCCGUGGAGAGUGGGAAGAGUGCGGCUGGGUAUGCUGCCAAGGUGGCUGCUGAUUUGAGGGACAAGGCCACCGCGGUGGGGUGGGCCGCGGCCCAUUUUUCGGCGGAAAAGACGGUGGAAGGGACCAAGGCCGCCGCCCAUGUUGUCGAGGGAGCGGCCGGGUAUGCCGGACAUAAGGCCGCGGAGCUUGCUUCGAUGUCGGCCGGUGCUGUUAAAGGGCUGGCUGCUUCUGCUGGUGAGACUGCUAAGGAAUACACCGCAAAGAAGAAAGAGGAGGCACAGCGGGAAUUGGAGGCCAAAAAACCAUCUCAACCUCAGGAAGCUGAAGAGAGGCCAUCAGAAGGAAUUGGCGAAACUGUGAGGCAGUAUGCACAAAAACCAAAGCCAAGUGAAGGAAACCCUCAGAAGGAGGGAACCGGAAGCAUCGUGUUUACAGCAAUAGGCGAAACAGUAAGCAGUGCCGGUGAGAAGGUAAAGAAACCGUUUAAAAACACUAUGGGAGGAGAAAGUGAAGGAGGAGGAGGGAAAGAAGAGGGGAAGAGUGUCAUUGGUAAAAGUUUGACCAGCAUUGGUGAGAAGCUGGGUGAUGCAAAACAGAGAGAGGAGCUGUUAGACAACGUCACUGGCAACAUCACCGAGGGAGGAGGCGAGGUGUUGGGAGCAGUAGGUGAAACCGUUGCUGAGAUUGGACAGAACAUGAUGAAGCCAGCGGAGAUAGUUCAGGAACGCGCUCACGUUCGACAAGCGGGUGGGGUCUUGGAUGCCAUUGGUGAAACCAUUGCUGAGAUUGCUGAAACGACUCGAGUCAUGGUUUCUGGAGAGGACGAGAGAGUGCUGAGGCAGAGCGUGGUGUUGGAGACUCGCGUAACUGGUCGUGCCAAGCAUGAAGAAGGGUCGCACGGUGCUUGAGUCUCUUGAGUGAACGCUGUGUUUUUUAAGGUUUAUUUCUGUUAAUGUCAUGUUUAGUCUGUGUCAAGUUUCAUGUUUCGGGUUUGUUGACUUUGUUCUAUGGAAUUGUAACCAAUAAGAAUCUCCUUUUUUGAGAUUAUGGAAAAUAGCAAAAUUGUGUUUAUGCCUGUAUAAUAGUACGCAAUGUGUGCUUUCAUGUGAUCGCUGCAUGGAAGCAAAUAUUUAAUUUUU